CCGCCGCCGCCGUCGUGCAUCAUCGUAUAUACGCGCGACGUAUGUGCGCCAGGGCAGCACCCGCCGUCGCGGCGAGACGACGCGUGUCUAAAUUUGAAUACGCUCUGGCAGCGUAGAGGAGGAGCAGUGCCGUUCGCGCUUGUUACGCCGUCGGAGUCUCCGUCUUCGCCUCUCUUGUUCAUCCGCCGCCGUCAUCAUCGUCGUCGUCGUCGUCGUCGUCGUCGUCGUCGUCGUCGUCGUCGUCGUUUAUUGUUGCCGCGCGUGAAAAGUAUAUUUUGAGAAAGACGCUCGCACGCUCCUGCUGUGUGCAUCUCUAGUCAACUUAUCUAGUCCCCGCGAUAUACACACGUCGCGGAUAAAAGCUAACUAACCUAUCUAACCGCGCGCGCCACGAACGGAGCGAGUGCAAUCACGCACGCGUGUGUGCCAAGCACGCACAACGACUUAAGAAUAAUUCACGCCGGCCGCGACAUUAUUAUCCUAUAAUAUCGUGCUAUAAAUAAUAAUUUUUGCGAAUGUGAUUGACGACAAAGCGUGAAGGAAGCGCAGAGAGAAAGAAAAAAAAGGAGACGAGGAACUCGAUUCGAAAAAAAGUUAGCGCGAUAGAUCCUUUUCAUUUUUCAUCGAUACAUAAGCCGUGGAGAAUCAACUGGCAACUACCAGUCGGAUCAUCGCGUACAACACACGCAUACACGCGCGAAGAGGAGGAAGAAGAGGGUCCCGGCUUGGAGAGAGUGUGCCAAAGAGAAAAAAGGCCGAUAGAGAGACACGCAAGAGACGACGACGGGAGAAAGAGCCGUGAGUGCCUGUUGGUUGAUUCGUACGUUCGUUUGGUCGUCGGUACAGCAGCGGUAUCAGCAGCGACGGCGCGAAUUAGUGUGCGAGAAUCCGCAUCUGGCGAGGAGGUGGAGGAGGAGGAGGAGGAGGGAAAGAGCAGCGGCGAGUUUUGUUUUGAUCGGCAAACGAUCGCGCGCCGUCUCGCGAUCUCGCAUCUCUCUCUCUCUCUCUCUUUCUCCGUCUUUCUCUCGCUCUCUGUCAUCGUGUGCAAGAACGGGGGUGCCGUAUCGCGGCGGUGUGGGGUGAUAUCGAUCGCGAGCGCGGGACCAUUGACGUCGUUCUGGAGAACGGCCGAACCGUUGUAAUAGAGAGAAAGAGAGAAAAGGAGAAAGGAAAAGAGGGACGCGCGACACACGCGUCUCUACUACCAACGACCACAACGACCAUAUCUUCCAUCCAUCGCCGGCGUUUUUCGCGCGUAAAUCUCAUCAGUCAGUGCCGCGCGCCUUCUUCGUCGUUGCCCUUCAUCGCCUCGUGCGAGUCGUCGCGACGCCGAUCCCGAGGAUCGUCCGCUCGCUCGGCCUCGCUCCCGUUGACGCUCACGCGGGGUGAGAUCGAUCGAUACGCGACUCGAGCAAGGGACUCGGGUCGACCUGACUCCGCCGUCGUCGACAUGUCCCGCUGAUGAUCCAGUAGUAGGCUGCUCGACCCGUGUUCUUAAGAUUCCAUCCAGUGAUUUUGAAGACUUGCCUCUUAUUCAAGACGUGGUGCCACAAUGGGUCGAAAAAAGAUUCAGAUUUCACGUAUCACGGACGAACGAAAUCGUCAGGUGACCUUUAACAAGAGGAAAUUCGGCGUGAUGAAGAAGGCGUACGAAUUGUCGGUACUGUGCGACUGCGAGAUUGCGCUGAUUAUCUUCAGUUCGAGCAACAAGCUGUACCAGUAUGCGAGCACCGACAUGGACAAGGUUCUCCUCAAGUACACCGAGUACAACGAACCCCACGAGUCCCUCACCAACAAGAAUAUCAUCGAGGCGCUCAACAAGAAGGAGCAUAAGGGUGCCAUGUCUCCGGAGAGCCCGGAACCUGAUGCAAUCGAAUACAAUCUUACCCCGCGCACCGAGGCCAAAUACACGAAGAUCGACGAAGAAUUUCAGAUGAUGAUGCAGAGGCACCAACACAAUGGCAGCAGGACAAUCGGACAAUCGAGUUACACGCUACCAGUAUCUGUACCAGUGAAUAAUUACGGCGAAUCUCUCCUUGGAUCUAGUCCACAGAUGGCACAUACCAGCAUCUCUCCACGUCCGUCAUCGUCCGAGACAGAUUCAGUGUAUCCUCCGGGAGGAAUACUGGAGAUGAGCAACGGCUAUCCUCCAUCAGCAUCACCAUUGGGUAAUUCGCCUAGUCCAGGACAUUCGCCUGCGCUCGGGGUCGGCGGAGGUAGCGGAAAUAAAGGCAGCAAUCCGUCUAGGCAUUCGCCUCAGCCCCCGCCACCGCCACCACCGCCCCAUCCUCACAGGGCUAAUCUUCGAGUGGUUAUACCGACACCGCUCACACAAUCUCUCUCUGAAGACACUAAUUACGAUAAUGCCCAUACGCAGUCCGCAUUGAAUACACCGGUAGUAGCGUUACAAACUCCAACAGUACCAGCCGGAUACUCCAGUUUUGGACCAACAGACUACUCUUCGGAUCUCGGAAGUCUUGCAACCUGGUCCUCUCAUCAGAGGUACGUUGAUGACUUAUCAAUGUAUUCGGCAGCCACCAUGUCCAGCAUCAGUGGUCUUCCUCACCUAGCUGUAUCAAGCAGUACACCACCACCAUCCACAUCGCCUUUACCCGUAAAAAUAAAAAGUGAACCGAUAAGUCCACCCAGAGAUCCGCACGGAGGUAAUAGCGGAUCCAAUGGCGGACCUAGCAAUGCCAGCAGUCUACAUCAUACGAGCUUGAACGUCGGUCCUUCGUCCAGUACCGGUGCCCCACCGCCACAUCACGUGUCCCAUCCAGUGGGCCCUCAGACACUGAAUCUAGUAUCAAACAGACCGAGUAGUAAUCCACCUCCGUCCCAUUCGGGUAGCAUAACGCCGACAAAUCUACCGUCCCCGGGUAGUGGUACGGUUGGUGACAUUAGAACGAACCAUUCUAGCGGUGGCGGCGGAGGAAAUAGUUCAGACUACGAGAACGGACCGCUCAUGAAACGCUCGAGAAUCACGGAAGGUUGGGCGACUUAAUGUCAAUCGAAUUGUUGCACUCAUCAGUUGUUUGAUACCUCCUCGACGUAUAACGGCAUAUAUAGUGCUUGUGAGUUCCAGUAUAAUUAAAAACAAACUCCUUUUAAAACGUCUUUGAGACACGUGUACUAUCGCGAUAAUGAUAGCUGUGGGGGUGGUAUGUUUCCCCCGCUGUAGCUAGUGCGGAGUGGAAAAAUCUGUUUAUAUUUUGAAACCGACACAUACAAAUGAAUAUACAUUUAUUUGAAAGAAAAAAAAAAAGAAAAUACGGUGCCAUAAUGUUGAAACUUUAUAUAUAUUAUAUAUAUGAUAGAUACAUAUAUAUAUAUAUUUUCAUGUAUAUAAUAUGAAGUGUUGUUUGUAUAUAUGUCAUAAAAUUCGUAAUUACUUUCGCGAUAUGGCAUUGUGUCCAACGUCGACGAUGCUUGUGUCGUAUGAAAAUCUAUGCGAAGGGAAACAGUAUAUUUUAGGAAAUAACACAGUACGCAAUUGUGAAAUUUCUGAAAGUGUAAUUCUGAGAGAGUCUAAAAGAGCUUGUGAAGAAAUCUGCACGUAGUGUAAGAUUUAUAAAGACCAGAAAAUCUUUACCAUUGCAAUUCGUUGUUAUUUUUUAUGGUAUAGUAGUCAGAAUAUAUGCCAUAUUCCGUUAAUAUAUAUGAUCUCGCAAAUAUAUUCAUGCAAUGAUCAUUUAUUUUUGAAAAUAAUUAGUUUGUCUUUGACAAAGAUAUGCUUAACAUAGCAAACUUUCUUCCUUUUUUCUAUUUGAUCAUAGAACUUAUAUUGAUAAUUUCAUAUUUUAUUUAAUAUUUGAAUUUUUAUUUUUUGAAUUAAUUAAUUUUAAUGCUAACAUGAACUUAUUAACGGUCUAUGGCUAACUUUCCAAACAUGCGGAAAUCGGCUGCUGUACUCAAAUUAUUCAUGAUAUUCUAUAGAACAAGAUUCGAAAUUAAUAUAUAUUGAGUUAUGAAGUAAUAUGAAAUAGAUAGAUAGGCAUAUUAUAUAUAGUGUUGAUUAAUAAAAAAAAAAGAUAUACACAGCGCGCGUACAGAUAUAUACAUAUAUAUAUAUAUAUAUAUACACACGUUAUAUACAUUUUCCACAAGUAUUUUGCACAUUUGUAUAAAGAAAAAUUGUGGAGGAAGAAAGCUUGUAAGAACUUUGCAACCCUUGAAGCCUAAAAAUGUGUAAACGAGAGUUUAUAUGCCACAGGUAUAUGCCAUGUACUAAAAAUGUGAUUAAACAAAAUUUAUUGUAAGAAGGAUUGAGUGAUACUAAUAUUAAUAACUUUAAUCGUAAAUUUUUAAAGAAACCGAAAUUAAUCUACAAAAAUACUGCUUUUUGUAUAUUUGAUCAAUUUUAUGUAUAAUCUAUAGUUUCUUAAAUAUACACAAUUAAAAUUUUUCAGAAUAUAAUUAAUUAAAGGAAUAUGAAACGAUUUAUUUAAGAACAUAGAAAUUUUUUAUCGCACACGAAUUUGUUCUGUGAUAUACAAGAAUUUAUUGUAGAAGAGAUUAUUCUUUUCGAUAUUAUAAAAACUUGACUUUUCGGCUAAUACAAAUGUAUUAAAUGUAAACUUAAAAAAUAUUUGGCAAAACAGGGUUGCAAUUAUGUAAUGACAUAGAAUUACCUUCUUCCUAAAAUCAAUGAAAUGUGUCAAGAUGGUUUCAAUGUAUGUUUUACAAUCUCAGGAUGUAUCCUGAUGAGAAUCGCUCUCUCUUUCUCGAGAGUUGUGUUUGAUAAAUUAUUGUAAUUAACAUACCAAUGGAAUACGCAGGUAUAUGAAUGAAUAGUGCCUGGCACCAUUUGUGGCCCUCCUGUUAGGAUGCUUUCCCAAAUCGUGUAUGCAGUAUAAUUUGUUAAUAAAAUCUUGAAAAUAAUAAGCUCUACUUAAGCGCGAUAUAUAUAUAAAAUAUGAGAAAACAAUAUAUGAUGUUGUAAGCUUUAUAAUGUGACUUUUUGAUGGGAAGGCAACCUCUAUAUUGUAAUCGAAGGUUGUACAGUGAUAUACAUAUAACCCUCGAGAUAUAUUCAUUUUGUUUAUUAAUGCAUAUUAGAAAUGUUUCAUAUGACUGUACGAACAAUCAGUAUGCGGAAAAUGUAAUGCGUAUAGUCACUAAUUUUAAUCACGAAUUUUUAAAAUGAUCACAAAGUGCAAUCUCUUAGCCAACACACUUUUUUAUCAAAUAAAAAUAUAAAGAAAUUGUUAUUUUUCAUAACAAAGAAGUAAAAUUUAAUGUAUUAAAGAUAUAUAUAUAUAUACAUAUAUAUUAAUGUCUCCACUAGUUAUUAAACUUUUCCUAUUGACACAAAAUUUAUUAUAUUUAAUUGAUAUUUAAUUGUAAUAUAUUCUAUUCAUAUAUAUUACAAAAAAGAUAAUCGUAUACUUAAUUCGCAUUAAAUGCUUACAAAUAAAUUUAUAUUUUGAAAUUUGAUAUUACAUUUAAAUGAUAUGCAUUUGAUUGAUACAUUAAAUGGGAACACAAAGGCUAUUUCUUGACAUUUUAUCAGGAAUAUUAUAUUGUCUAUAUUGUGAUGUUUUCUUUUAACUUUGGAUAUAAAGAUAAGAAAAACAUUUAAAAUUUCAGUUUUGUAUUGGCAUAUCGCAUUUAAUAUUAAAAUUCCUCUGUAUUUAUCUCACACAGAGUGUAAUUCAAAUUAGCUUGACAGAACGCUACACAAGAAUACAGAACUUGUUAAUUCUUUCUCUGAAAUGCCCUAUUGUGAUAUUGAAACUGACAUGAUCUUUCUGCAUAAUAGUCCAUCUAACAAUAAGAUCAUUUGGGUGUUCCAAUGUCAACACUUAUAUAACAGUCGCAGUGUGAUGUGAAAAGUAUGAGCAGUACUUUAUAUGCAAGAUUUAUAUAUGUGCUAUCUGAUCUAUUUUACCAUAACAUACAGUAAUAAGAUGAUGCAUAGCGACCCGUAAGAAUAAACAAUUUGUUAAAUGUACGUUAAGUACAUGUGUACGUACACUUCAAUGUAUAUUUUUAAUAUGGAAUACAUAAGUUAUAUAUAUCUGUGAGAAAAAAAUACGUUGAUGUAAUUAAAGAUGUAUUUGUCUUGAUUGGCACAACUAAUGACGAAAGAUAAAUUGUUAUCAACAUUGCAGAAAUAAGGAUUAAAAGCCCUUAUUCAUAUUUAAUUUAUGAAUAUUUGGGGACUAUUUUUAUUUGGAACAUAUAAUGAAAGAGAAACUUGUUAGCAAUCCUAGAGAAAUUUUACUUCCCGGUGAUCUAAGAAGCUCUAUUCUUCUAAAUAAUUUGUCUCUUUUCAUUUUUGGGAAGGGAGGAUAAUUCAAAACAUUGUUUAUUUAUAUAAAAUUGGGCUAAUUUGUGUGAUAUAUAUUAUCUAUAAAAGAUUAUGAUCGUUUACAUUGUAUAUUCUAAAUACUCUUUAGUUAUGUACUGUGAAUUAUGAUCGUAUAGUUGUGCCUCAAGAUUUCGACGGAUAUUUAAUACGUAAAAAAAAAAAAUAAUGAUAAUUAUUGUAGUUAAAACUCAAAGACUAUUGAAAUUGUUGGAACGCUGUGAACGAAAUGGACCAUCGUUAGAGGAGCCAUACGCGUAAGAUAAACGAGAUCUACGGAUGAUUAGACGUUUUAUAUUGCAACGUAAGUUAAGAUUGUUUUGGAGCAAGGCCAUCAUAGGCUUUAGGCAAAUGUUCGCAAAUAAUCGAAUUGCAAUGCACACGGCACAAGUACCAGAGAUCACUGUAACAAUGUAGCAAAAUAAAAUAUAAAAUGUAUAUGUACUAGCCACAACUGUUGUCACCACAAAUAAAUAAAUAAAUAUAUAUAUAAAUAAAUAUAUAUAUACAAUUAAGAGUUUAAUACAGGUUUAAGUACUGGACAUAUCUGUAAAGCCAAGUAGCAUCACAUUUUUAAACGUCAUAACAAUAACGUCAUUUUACUGUUACUAUCUGUAUUUGUGCAUUUUGAAACUAUACACGAAAACGGUAUAGCCUGUUUGAUACGUACACAAUCACACCAAAAGUUAUAGGAUCUUUUACAUAUAUAUUUUUUAACAUAUUGUUAUCAUAUUGAUCUUUUUUUCUCACUUAGUUUUGAAAUGCACUCUGUAAACAGAUGAAGUAUGUGUGACCGGGAGGAAGAAAGGGAGAGAGGAGAUAUACUUUAAACAUUAUAUGUAGCAUAUACACAUGUAUUUGUAUAAUACAGUUUAAAAGAGAGAGGUUGUGUUUAACAAUUCCUCAAAUUGCGUAUCGUACUAUUGCGAUAAAUUUCAAGACGCAGUUACACAUUGUACAAUGUAUAAAUUUUAACCGAAACUGUAUGUAUAUUUACACAUACAUAAACACACACAUGUACACGCAUACACAAAGCAGAUUUGCAUUGUGCAUACACCAAAUGUAUGCAUAUGUGGAUAUAUAUGUAUAAAAACUAUUAUAUAAUAUUAUGUAAUAGAAAGUAAUGACAUAUACACACAAUAUUAUAGUCGUGCGUUAUGUUAGCUGAUAAUUGCGAGAAUAAAGGAAAGUAAUUCAUAUAGUGCCAUCGUAACUGAUUAAUUAAGGGAAUACCGAUUUUACGUUUUAAGUAGAGAGUAUGUCGUAUACUAGAGAAUAUUUGAAGAAAAGAAAUACUUACAAAACGUUACAAGACAAAGACUCGGUUUAUGUUCGUAAUAAUAAUAAUUAAUGAUGUUUGCCAAGUUUGUUACAUAAGUACGAAGCCAUUGAGAGAUAUUUUAUGUACUAAAAUCUUUUCAAGACAUACUUUAUCUCCUUUUAUGCACAUUCAAUGCCGGACACAAUAGUACUUGAGUGUGCGUUAAACACUCGCGAAAGGAGGCGGAAUUUAAAAAAAAAAAUCUCGUUUGUACGUUAUAUACCCUUGGUGCUCGACAUUUUACCUAGUUAUUGUUAUACGUUUAUUAUUAUUGAAUCUGUAUGACCAUGCUACCAUAUCGCCUAUUAUUGUGGUCAGUAUAAUCAUCAUCGUCUCAGAGUUAGCGAUAAAUAAUGAUUAUUUGAUAACGCUCUGUGUACAUCACACAACAUACAUACAACAUUGUAAAACACAUACACAUUGUGGUUAUAUUUCAGUGUAUCAGCAUAAUGAAUAUGAUUAUUACGAUGUUGCCCAUAGAAUAUACAUUUUACUUGGUUUUUA